AUAUCAUCUGCAGACAUGAGAGAGUGCAUCUCUAUACAUGUGGGCCAGGCGGGUGUCCAGACAGGAAAUGCCUGCUGGGAGCUCUUCUGCCUUGAGCACGGCGUCGGGCCUGAUGGCGUCUUCCUGGACAAUCCUACAGAAUCGAAUUCCCGUUCAGACCCAUUCAACACUUUCUUCAAUACCGGGAGCUCUGGGCGUCAUGUUCCAAGAGCGAUUUUCGUGGACCUGGAGCCCACAGUGGUUGACCAAGUAAGGGUUGGAAAGUACAAAGAGCUUUUCCAUCCUGAGCAGCUGAUCUCUGGAAAGGAAGAUGCAGCCAACAACUACGCUCGUGGCCAUUACACUGUCGGGAAAGAAAUCAUUGAUGGAGUCAUGGAGCGUGUUCGUAAAAUGACGGACCAGUGCACAGGCCUGCAGGGGUUCCUUGUCUUUCACAGCUUUGGAGGUGGAACUGGCUCUGGCUUCACCUCUCUGCUAAUGGAGCGUCUGUCUCUAGACUAUGGCAAGAAAUCUAAGCUGGAAUUUGCCGUCUACCCGGCUCCCCAGGUGUCAACUGCUGUGGUGGAGCCCUACAACGCCAUCCUGACCACCCACACUACCUUAGAGCACUCUGACUGCGCCUUUAUGGUGGACAACGAGGCCAUCUACGACAUAUGUCGUCGCAACAUGGACAUUGAAAGUCCUGGUUACAUCAACCUCAACAGAUUGAUUGGUCAGAUUGUCUCCUCAAUCACGGCCUCCCUUCGUUUUGAUGGCGCCCUCAAUGUCGAUCUGAUGGAAUUCCAGACCAACCUGGUCCCAUUUCCACGCAUCCACUUCCCACUGGUUACCUACUCACCCAUCAUUUCUGCUGAGAAGGCAUACCACGAGCAGCUGACUGUGUCCGAGAUCACAAGCGCCUGUUUCGAGCCGUCCAAUCAGAUGGUCAAGUGUGACCCUCGUCACGGCAAGUACAUGGCGUGCUGCAUGCUGUACCGAGGCGAUGUCGUCCCUAAAGAUGUGAAUGCCGCCAUUGCAAGUAUAAAGACCAGACGUUCCAUUCAGUUUGUCGACUGGUGCCCCACUGGCUUCAAGGUUGGCAUUAAUUACCAACCUCCAACUGCAGUUCCUGGUGGGGACCUGGCCAAAGUCCAGAGAGCUGUGUGCAUGCUGAGCAACACCACCGCCAUUGCUGAGGCCUGGUCUCGCCUUGACCACAAGUUCGACCUCAUGUACGCUAAGCGUGCAUUCGUCCACUGGUAUGUGGGUGAGGGCAUGGAGGAGGGAGAGUUUGCAGAGGCCAGAGAGGACCUGGCCUGUCUUGAAAGGGAUUACGAGGAAUUGGGUCAAAUGAGCCCCGAUUCUGAAAAUGACGAUGAAGGACAAGAAUACUGAACCUUGUGAGGCUUUGGGCUGUGACGACGGCAGAGUUAAUAAUUGUCACUGCCAUAUUUUUAUAAUGCCAGCUUUGGAUUAAGAAGACAAACUACUCUAAAUUGUAUUUUAAUUGUGCUGUCAAAUAAGUUUGUCUUGACAUAUUCUGUGUUAAACUUGUUGGAGACAUGCGAAUAGGGUGUUACAGUGGUCUAAGACGACACCAUGUAACCACCAAGUCCCCACUACAAAUCUGCCCAGGGAUCUUUGUUGCAGGUCACCGCCUUCCCUCUCUGUCCACUUUUGAAUAAAGGCAAACACGCCCAGAAGAUUAGACCUUAAAAUGAACGUACAAGCAAACUUACCAAAAUUGGCUUUACUUCGUCACUAUCAAAGGAAGGUUAAAAUCAAAGGCAACUGGUCUCGGUUGAAGAUACUUGAAGACGUUUCGCCUCUCAUCCAAAGGGCUUCUUCAGUUCUGACUGACUGGUAGGGAACCCCUGCCAUUUAGUGUGGUUGAAUGUCAUUACAACAGCCAGGAGCACGAACAAACCAAGCGGUAUCCAUCACCUUGGUAAUGACCCCACAGAGAUUAAAUGGCUGGGAUUCCCUAUUAGUCGGUCAGAAUGACCUGGAUGACUGAGAAUCUUCACAGAUACUUCCUCAUUGUUCCACAUCGGCAUACCACUGUAUGUGAAAUAAGUAACAGUAAUAAUUCCAAUUUUUUCUUUAAAUACAUUCCUCCUUACCUUAUUAAAACCCAAUAUAUAGAGAAUUAUUGAAAUGGCAACCCUUCCCUUUGCAACAAACUGGGCUUGCACAUUUGAUGAAGUUGACAAAAAACUAAAAUGGCCAUACAGCAGUGGUGGAAAGUAACUAAGUAGUUUUACUCAAAUGAGGAACUUGUACUUUAUUUCAGUGUUUCCAUUUACUGCUACUUUAUACUUCUACUCCACUACAAUUAUUUGACAGCUGGAGUUACUUGUUAUUUUUCAGCUGAAGAUUUUACAUAAAGAAAACAUUUGAUAAGCUUAUAAAAUUCAAUAUAUUGUAAAGGGUGAACCAUUCGUUUCUAAACUUUUCAUUCAUUUUCUCUCUAGACUGCUCUGAUAUUUUUAAUCAAAUAAUUGAGUACUUUUACUUUUAAUUUCAUUUGACUGAUCAUCAUCAUCAUCUUGUAUUUGUAAUGGAGUAUUUUUACACUGUUGUAUUGGUAC